CUGCACCACUGGACUCAUCAACUGCUACCACUGAGAUUGGAAGGCAUCUGCACUUUAUACAGCCUCAAACAUUAUCGGUCUGCCCAAAGGGGUUGGUUUCCCAAUCUCAAUUGUAGUUUUUGUUUAUUUUCUAGAAGCUGGGAGGGCCUGCCUCCUUUCUCUGUUUCCCUUCUUCUGUUUCCUGUUUUGUGUUCCUUUAUCAGUUAGGGUCUGCCUCAGAAAAACAAAGCUUGGUAACCAGAGAUCCCAUGACAAUAAUUAAGGCUGAGACAGACAGAGUUUUAGCCUCACAGCUGUAGGGAUUCAAGGGAUAUGGCAAGAGGACAGAAAUGUGGCCUCAAAGCCAAUGAUCAGCCAUGAUUGUAAUGAAUGAUGGGGCAGCCCAAGGAGCAGUAUGGACUACUCCCGCUCCUCCAUCUUAUGUACUUAUUUCAUCAGAUGAUGUACUGUAGUUUCAUCACCUGGCUUCCUGCCAUCUUCUUCCUCUUUUACGUCCUUUGUACAAUUAUAUCAGAUACUUAUUUUAAUGUGAAAACUAAGAGCUGGGUGACUGAUGACAAGCGCUGAUCUGAACUUUGCAAACAAAAUGAUGUGGGUUCUGAUCCUUCUCAUUUGUUCUCUGCCCGACCCCGUGUCUCUUCCUGUGCUUAAAUUUUCAUCACCACCAAAUGUCUCAUGUUCUGGGGGCUCAGUGUCCAUCUUCUGUGAGUCUGUCCAGGGAUCCCUUCCCAUUCAGUACACAUGGUAUGAAAAGACCCUGUCUGAAGAUUCAAAGAUCUCUGACACCAAUAAACUGGAUCUACAUUGUCAAUCCUUCAAACAGCAACAUCAUCAAUAUUACUGCACAGCCUUGAAUAAUCAGGGAGAAAAAACCAGUGAAAUGGUUAAUGUGUUGGUGAUCAGCAGCUCAGAGGAGACCUGUGUGUAUGUGACACAAAUCGGCAACAUUGGACCUGAGUAUUUUUGUGAAGAUUCUACAACAACGACACAUUCCACAAGUACAAAAAUCAUUUCCACCGAUGAUCAAAACCAAUCUUCAGAAUCCAAAUUUCACACAAGGCUGAUUUACAUUGUGUUCGGAGUGCUGGGGGGCAUUCUUGUGGUGUUUGCCGUUUCUCUACUUCUGUACCCGAGGCAAAUCAACAAACAUUCAAUCGGCAUUGUAUGUUAUCGAAGAAACAAGUCUUUAAACGAUAAUGAGCAAUUGGUAGCAGCGGAGGAGAGCACUAUAUAUGAAAAUGUGAGGGUCACUCAAAGUAGCUCACCAAAAACACACAGCUAUGGAGAUGUCCAGUUCAAUAAUAGUGAAAAUGGAAUCAUUUAUGCAACAGUGCAGUUUCAAAAGAAACCCCCAGCAUGGAGUGGUGAAGUGGAAAGGCGCUCACUUAACAACACAGACAAUGUCAUCUACAGUGGUAUCAAUAUUCAAAGCCAGCCCACAAAGAACAAUAGGAAAACUUCAUCACUCAAUACUCCACAAGAUUCUCAAAUGGAAAUUUAGUCUACUGUUACUCGUUAGAAACACUUGCACCACGUGAAUUGUUUUCCUUAGUGUUCUAUCUCAUUUUGUAUUUUAGUUGCAUUGAAUUUAUUCUGCCAUGACCCACUCACAUAUUUACCUUGUCUAACUCUUUCUAUACUUUGAAAGUUAUUUCCUCCAUUUCCACUGCUCCUCCCAGUUUGGUAUCAUCAGCAAAUGUAAUCAAUUUACCUUGGGUUUCUGAGUCCAAGUCAUUCAUGUCAAUGAGAAGUAGUAGUGUUCCCAAUAUCGAGCCUUGUGGCAGCCCACCCAGUAUAUAUUUCCUCAAAUAUCUAAGCCAGCCCAUCAUAAUAGCUCUAAGGGGUCUGCUUUGCUGAGUAUCAAACUUUUGUCUCCAGGUCAGGAGUCAUAGGUUCGAGCUCCACGAUAGUGACAGAAGAAUAUCCAGGGUCAGAAAAUAUAAGUAAAAAUAGUCAACAUGGAUCCCAAAAUGCCAAAUCAUGCCUAACCCAACAGUAUUCUUUGAAGACAUAGACAAGGUUAAUAUACUAGAUGUCAAGUUAUUGGAUUGUAAAAAAAUCUAUGAUAAAGGUACCACAGAGUAGGCUCAUGACAAAGGUUCAUUCAUGUGGACUCUGAGGGCAAAUAGCUGAAUUGAUGCAGAGAAAUGUUUCCACUUGUGGGAGAAUGCAAAAGGGCUAGAAAUGUAAUGUCGUUACCAAUAAAUCCAACAGGGAAAUAAGAAGAAAUUUCUUUACUCAGACAACAGUUAGAAUGCUGCUACCACAGGAGUGAUUGAAGCACAUAACUUAGAUGCUUACAAAUGGAUGAGUACUAGACGAGUACAUCAGAGAAAUGGGAAUAAUCCUUAGAAUCCUUAGACAGCACCUUCCAAACCCAGAACCACUAGCAUCUAGAAGGACAAGGGCAGCAGACACAUGGGAACACCUCCGCCUGGAAGUUCUCCUCCAAGCCACUC